ACCAGCCCUUGGGCAGCCUCCAGCUCCUGGCUAUGGAGGCAGAAUGGCACAGCUGGGACAGCCCCUGGCCAUAGUGGGAGGUCCCUGAUCUCUGCACACUUCUCUCAGUUUCCAUUUAGGAUGCAGCCUCUGGCCAGGGAGGGCUGGGGCCUGGCCAGAGCAGGACCCUGGAGAGACCUCUCUACCCAGGCAGCUGGGAUCCUUGGGGAGCUUUGGGUGUAUGGCCCAACUAGACCUUCAGAGAGUAGUGGCCCAAUGGGGAGUGUUCCUGAGCAUGCGUGGCCUUUAGUCAAUGUUUAGCCUGGAUGGAGGGGCAAUGAGCAGUGCAGUGGGGAGUCCCCCAGCAUACAGUGAGGGUCUCUUAGCAGCACAACAGGAAGGCCCCUCAUGGUUCUUAGCAUCUGGUCAAAGUGGGGCUUCCAAGCAGCAAAGCAAGAGAUCUGUACACACCUGACUGUCUCUGGCCAAUAUGGGGAGGGGGCAGGCAAGGCAGUACCUAGAGGAGUUCCCUCCCUCAGUGAGCAGUUCGGGCUUGGAGCCUUCUGUUCAGAUCCAACUGUUUGGGGAGAGCAGCAGCAGCAGGUAGUUCUGGGCCUCAUGGGAGGCCUAGUCCUGUAGAUGGGGCAGGACACUGGCAGGCCCCUUGAUUCCAAAGCUGUCUUCUGGCUCCAUGUCGGGGCCAUCCACCUGUUGAGGAGCCCUGGCGAGCUCAGGCCAGUGGGCAGGGGGUCCCAGCCCCUCUCAGUUUCUUAAUCUGCAAAAUGAGGCUACCACACACCCAAAGAUUAUUUAGAAACUAUUUGGCAAGCCUUAAAGAGCUCCUUUGGGGCAGCUGGGUGGCACUGCCGUGGAUAGGGUUGCCAGGCCUGGAAUCAGGAAGACUCAUCAAAUCAAGCCUCCGCUACUUCUAGCUGUGUGACUCCGGCCAAGUCGCUUGCUUUCCCUUGUGUGCCUCAGUUCCUCAUUUGUCAAAUGAGCUGGAGAAGGACAUGGCAAACCACUCCAGUCCCCCCAUCAAACAACUAAAGCCAACCAAAACAGAGAGAGACAACUAAGCAACAAAAAGGACUUGAUGAAGCUAAAGGUCCAGAGCCAGGGAAUUCCAGAGGAGCUGAAAUGUCUCCAGCUCAUUAGCAGCCUGCAGGAGACCCCCAGCCUGGAGGAACUGCCCAACAACCAGACAUGCCUCAAACUCAUGAGCAGCAUCCGGUCCUACGUGGGCUCGGUGACUGAAAACCUUCUGCACAGGAGUUUCCAGAAAGGUUUGACCGGUAAUUCUGCCAAUGUGGAGGGGCAACCACCGAUGACACCCCCCUUCUCUGGAGGAGCUCAGCCCUCGGCCCACGUCACCCUCAUCCCCUACAACUCAGCCAGUGUGGGCAACCUUAACCACCUUGGGGAGCUGCCCCAGUCCUGCCGUUACCCCCUGUACAACUGGAAGUCUCGAGGCCUGCUCUCCCACCUGCAGAACAUCACCUUCAAGGCAGGGGUGCUGAGAGUCAGCCAAGGGGGCAAGUACUAUGUCUACUCUCAGAUCUACUUCCGCUACCCAGCUGAAGGUGAAGGGGCCCAAGCCACGGGCCAGCAGCUGGUACAGUGCAUUAGCAGGCAGACUGCCUACCGCCAGCCCAUCCUGCUCCUUAAAGGUGUGGCCACCAAGUGCUGGUCUCCAGAGGCUGAGUAUGGCCUCCGCGCCAUCUAUCAGGGGGGCCUGUUUGAGCUGAAAGCCGGAGAUGAGCUCCUGGUGUCUGUCUCUUCUCUUGCCGUGGAUGACACUGACAGCACCUCCAGCUACUUUGGGGCGUUUCGCUUGGCUGUGGGUCCUCAAAGCAACAAAUGGCCUAGAAAAGAUCCCCAGAGCACUUGGGCCCUGGUUCCUGGAAGCCUCGACUCCAGGAGAAAGUGGGAGGCCAGCUCGAGGUGGGCCUUUUCCUGGUGUGGCCCAGUGAGAAAGAGCAUAUGUUUUCCCCUGUGGGAAGUGACCCUUGGAAACAGAAGAAUAGCGAGCUCUAGCUCCUUGGUCUGUGGCCCUGAAGCCACCCAAGGGUGCUCCACCACAAUCAUUCUUGACCUUGAGACCCUCUGCUACCUGAGUCAAAGGGGUGAGGGUGGGAUUCAGGCAUCAGCACAGCUUACCACUGCCAGAGGAAGCCAGGCCCUACAGUUUGGCCCAGCUCCAGCCCCCUCGCCCCCAUGCUUCAGUCACUGUGGCCAGCCUUGUCUUUCUCUUCAGCCAUAUCUCCUCCCCAUCCCCAGCCCCCACCCCGCCCUCCAUCCCAGGGCCCUUAGAAGGCUUUCAGCCUGUGUGGGAGCUGGGUGCUGGCCCGAUAGGCUAACACGACCUUUAUCUGCACGGCGUAUUAGCUCUUAGGGGAGACCCCCUCUGCAUGUCACCCAUCAUUUCUAUUUGUCUGCCUGUGAAUAAAUGUGGACUGCAUAUUCUCCACCUCCCUCCCGGGA